ACGUGAGGGAGGUAGUGCGCGGCGUCCAGCCCCACCAUGCUGACCGCGCUCGCCCGGCCAGCCCUGCCUGGGCUCCCAGGGCAGCUGCCCGUAGCCCCCGCGCGGCGUCAGGAUUCCUCCGGCUCGUCAGGCUCCUACCACACGGCUCCGGGUUCUCCAGAGCCCCCGGACGCUGGGCCGGACGCAGGGUGCGGGGCGAACUGGCCGGGGGGGGGCCCUGCGCUGGGGGCGGGCGCACAGCCUCGCCUGUCAGUCAGCGCCCAGAAUAGCCGCCAGCAGCUCGGGCCCGGCUCGGGUUUCCCGCGAGGUCCGGGCUCCGGCCCGCCGCCACCCCAGCCCCAGCUGCGCAUGUUGCCGUCGGGGGAGAUGGAAGUCAUCUUCGGCGCCGGGGCCUUGUUCGGCCGCUCCGACGCGGCGGAUAGCGAGGUGCAACAACUCAUCGCGCGGGCUUUCCGCAGCCUCUCUCCGCCCGGGCCUGCGACUCCUGCUCCCGCCGCUCCGACGCCUCAGGCCCCCGACGGCGGCUCCCGCUGGGCCACUUACCUGGAGCUGCGGCCCCGCGGGCCGAGUCCCGGGACCCCAGCGCAGUUCGAGUGUGUGGAGGUGGCGCUGGAGGAGCGCGACGCGCCCGCCAGGACCCGGACGGUGCCCAAGCGUCAGAUCGAGCUGCGCCCCCGGCCCCGGAGUCCCCCGCGGGAGGCGGGAGCGCCGCGCCCCCGACUGCUUCUGCGCACUGGCUCGCUGGACGAGUCGCUGGGUCGCCUGCAGGCAGCCGCCGGCCUAGUGCAGACAGCACUGGCCAGAAAACUGAACCCUGCGGCCCCUGUCCCGAGCAGCGCCACCUUCGGGCCCACGGGGCGGCCAGAGUGUGCGACCCGGGAAACGGACCGCAUUGCCCGAAGAGUUCCGGAGGAGGCCAGUUCUCGGCCACCCCGCGUGCACUAUAGUUCAGCCCCCACCAGGGCACCACGGCCGUGGCCCAGCCUCCGAGAGCGCGCGAUUCGGCGCGACAAACCCGCGCCAGGGACCGAGCCGCUGGGUCCGGUUAGUUCCAGCAUCUUCCUGCAGUCAGGGGAGAAGACUCAAGAGGCGCACAGUCAGGAACUCAAGACUCGGUUCCCUCGAGAGACUCCGGAUCGAACCGUCCUGAGAGCACAGAGUCCGCCUUUCAAGUCUUCGGCCCCCCAGGAAGUUCCGAGUAAGGCUGGCAGGCCAAGGAGCUCGUCCCCGCUGUGGCAGGCUCCAAAUGGAACUUUACGGGGCCCACUCUGCCCAUCUCCCCAGAAUCUGCUCCCAUGGAAUCGGGCUCUUCGGAGGGUAAGUAGCCCGUCGUUCCCUGAGGCAUCCUCUGCAUGGGGAAAUCAGGAUCCCGCUGUCGAGGAAACGGUCAGCAGAAGCCCUUCCCCACCUACCCUUUCCCAGUGGAAUCACGGUGUUGCCAGGACAAGAAGCCCAUCUCCCGAAGCUUCCCUAUCGGAGGUUCCGGAACCGACAGUUAGUUAUACGGCAGAGAGCUGUAGAAACCCGUCCCCGCCGGCCCUGUCCUCAUGGAAGGCUCCAAAUCGUAUUAAUGGAACGUGGAACCCAGCUCCCCAAGAGACGUGGGAUCGCACACUGCAGGGCUCAUCGAUGGUAUCUACGUCGGAAGCUCUGAACGGGGUAGGACAGGAGGAGCUGGAGCUGCCUAGGCCGUCCGCACCCAGGACUCCCGAGCUCACAGAGGCGCUAAGUCCAUCCACGCGGGAGAUGCGGGAUCUUGCCUUCCAAGGCAGUCAGCAGUCGCCAGAAGCGGCUGCACCUGAGCUGCCCCUCAGUCGCCCGGUGGGCACCCUGGAGGCCGAUGUGCGCCAGGAAGCCUUGGGCCCUGGAGAAGCCGCCUCGGGUCGGCCGCGCGUGGCCAUCCCACGGCCCCGAGACGUGCGCAAGAUGGUGAAGACCACGUACGCGCCCAGCUUCCCCGCCGGAACCCCGGCUUUGGGGCUGCCUGCGCCUCCUACCGAACCCUGCGGGGAGGAGGGCGGCGCACCCAAGACACAGGAGUUCCAGGCGCUGGGGUCCCCAGGCCCAGCUCACUACACUUCUGUGUAUCUCAAGGACUUUCUUCCGGUCGUGACGCACCCCUACGAGCCCCCAGAGCCGCCUACUGACACAGUGCCCCGGGACGCUUCGCAGCCCAACGGGGUCCUGAGGCGGAGAGCAGAGAACAGCACGGCAAAACCCUUCGCGCGUACUGAGAUCCGCCUGCCUGGUGCACUGGUUUUGGGCCGCCGGCCCGAGGGAACCGGGGGAGUUCUGGUGCGUGGUGCUGGCAGAGAGAACCGCGAUGCCGAAGCCCGGCGCCUGGUCCCGGACGGCGAGGGGCGGACCAGCCCUCUAGGCGGCGCUCGCGCUUCACCCCAGCAGUCGCCCUUAGGGCCAGCCGGGCCCCAACCACCCAGACCAUCCUGCGCCGACUCCCCUCAGGCGCACCCUAGCUCUAGCCCUGGGAUCUCACCCAAACUGGAGGCGCCCCCUGGAGCCCACGAGCCCGCGACUGCCGUCCAGUCGGCUCUCCCGCGGGAACCCCAGGUGUCGGCUGGCAGGACAGCCCCGCCCCAGCCCCGUGCUGCCUCGGCGCCUCCAAUGGACCGGUCCCCGGAAGGCCCCUUCCAGGGGGCGCGCAGGCCACCGGGGACCGCGUACGCGGGGAAGGUCCUGGUGGACCCCGAGAGCGGCCGCUACUACUUUGUGGAGGCGCCGCGGCAGCCUCGGCUGCGGAUGCUCUUCGACCCCGAAAGCGGGCAAUACGUAGAGGUGCUGCUGCCGCCGUCGCCGCCGGGACCACCCCGCCGCGUCUACACCCCGCUGGCCCUGGGUUCUGGCCUCUACCCUCCAGCCUAUGGGCCUCUCUCGGGACUCUCAGUCCCGCCUUCCCCUGGCCCACCGGCCUUCAGCGGCCCCCAAGUACCCUGGAUUUCCGAGGCGGGGCCCCUGGACGGGCUGUACUACCUGCCCGUGAGUGGAACCCCCAGCCCUGCACCUCCUCUGCUCCUCUGUGCUCCGCCCAACAGUUCAGGUUCAGCCCAACCCGGCAAGGGGUCUUUGUUCCCCGCGUGAG